CAGCUGGCCGCCAACAAUUCCAUCCGAGUCUCUGACGCGCCACCAUGUCCGCGUCUUGCCACAAAAAAAAGCCACAGCAUCCCCGACCCCCCAGAUGCCACUUGCCACAUCCCCUCUUGCAAUACCGGCUGCAAUGGGGCAUCUGUCUGGUGCUAGCCAUCCUGACCCUGAGCAGUGCCGUCUCAGUGACCUCUGGCACUUCGGGCCACAACCGGCGGCGGUCUGGCGGAGCCAGUGCAGCUUCCCUGGAGGACACCAGCGACAAAUCCGUUCCGGAUCAACUGGCCUUAGCCGCCAGUCGUCGAGCAUCCGAUGACACCAGGCCCUACUCCAGGAGGGGAACCGUACUUCAUAGCAGAACCAAAGAAACUCCCAACAAAGAUUUCAACUAUGGCCACGUGGAGUUGAACCUCGUAAGACCGGAGCAGGAGUCGCAUCCCAAGCUGAUCUUAAGCACAACGACGGCAGCCUCGGGAUCGGGAGGAUCGGCCGGAUCUGUCAACCUGGAGGACUCGCAAUCGGCGGCGGAGUACGUGGCCAAUGCCAUCAAGUUGGCCUACAAACAGCCAUCCAUUCCGGUUAAGAGUCCUGCGCCCAAUCACCUCCAAGCGCCAAAGGACCUGCCCUCGUCCUCCACCCAAAGGAGCUACAACGAGCAUAGGGAGAGGGAGCGGGAGCGGGAAAUUCUAGAACAGCAGGCUCUGAUCCUGGCAGGAGCUCCUUCCGCUGCCUCAUCCUCGUCCCUGGGCUCACCCCACUCCUCGCCACCCUCCCCCGCCCUGGCGCCGGCUCCUGUCUACGAAAAGGAUCCUGUCACCCGAAGCUACGAGCUCUACGAGGCCUCGACCGAAGGCGAUGGACAUAUACCCGUUCAGGAGGACAUCGAACGGCACUAUCGUCCCAAGUACAACAGCUACAGCUACCAGCCCUACCAGCCGCCCACCAUCUACCGGAAUCUGGAAGCCGAAGCUGAGGAAAAGGUGAGGGUUUCCGCCUCCACGGAGAUACCAAAGUCGGAGAUAAUGAAACAGAUCGAGAAGUCGGUGAUCAAGUAUAUGAAGGAACUGGAGGCGGAGGGUAAAAUAAUAAGUACACCCCAGGAACCGAUCACUCCGCCACCACCACCACCGCCACCACCCUCGCCAGUUCAGCAAAUAACGAAAACCUAUUACAAGACCCAAUCGAAUGGGAUAUCCAAUGGUCUGUCAAGUGGAAUUUCUGGAGGAAUCCCCGGCGGAAUCUCCGAAGAGAAGCGCUAUAGCAGCAGUACAGUGAGGCCCAAGUACACGGCGCCACCGCCUCAGAAACAGCAGCAAUCUCAGGGCCAUCACCAGCACCAACACCAGCAGAUCUACCACCAGCCCCAGACCCAGUCCCAGCAGCACCAUCAUCCGACUGUCCAUCACCAGAACGUGGGUAUUACGGCGAAAUUGAGGAACUCGCCAUCCGUUUCCAGUCAGAAGCCUCUGCAGCACUUCCAAUCGGAAACGGAAACAGCCUACCAGGCACCCGAUCUCCCCGUCGAUGAACUAUCCCCCAAUGUUGAAUUUAUCUACAAGAUCAAAACGAGAGCCCCCCUCCAGACGGCUACAGUGAAGACUGUCUCAAAGCCCUACACAUUGCCUCUAAAGAGUGCCGAGCACUUCGAUCAUGGGGCGGCUUUAAAGAAUAUUGAAGAAUUCGAUUUAUCGCAUGUUGUUCCCACUCCGGAAAGAGUAGAAAGAGAAAGGGAGAGGGAGAGAGAGAGGGAGAGGGAUUCUAGGGAGGAUCAGGAUAGAGUACAGGGCAAACCCCAUAAGCUGUACUUCAACUCGGAGAUCUAUCACGACAUCAACUCCCUGCCCUACAAAAGCAAAGAGGCGGCUCUCCACGAAUAUCGUCACAAGAUCAAGAAUUCCAAUGAGAAUCUACAUCCGGAUUAUAAGGGAUAUUCCGGAUACUUUGCAGAACCGGAAGCGGAGGAAGUCGAUCCUAAUGAGGGGAAAUUAAUCCUUAAUGAAGAGGGCUAUCCGUAUCACUAUGUUUUGAAGAAGGAGCCUCUCGAGGAUCAUGAUCCUUGGCUGGAACAGCAACCAUUACGACUGAGCCACGCCCACACGCACAACCAUGCCGCCCAUCAUAACCAGCAUCAUGGCCAUGGCCACGCCCACUCGCACGCCCACAAACAGCAUGGCAGCAGUCUGGAAUAUGACAGCUACAGUCCCAAGUUCAAUAAUAAUCCCGAAGGAUAUGGAUACCAGCACACCUACAAGCUGCGACCAGGACAAUCGGGUCAAGGAGGUGGAGGUGGAGGCGGAGGCGGAGGAGGUUCUAAUGUGGGCGUGGCCAGUGCUGUGGUGGGCGGGAAGCGGGGCAAGCGGGGUGGGGGCGUUCAUCCCCGGCAGGAGGCCAUCAAGAAGCAGCUGCGAGGGUCAGAGGUGAAGGAUCUCGAAGCCAGCUUGGCCCUGAGACCGCCACCCAAAUAGUUGACCCUCAACCCUUAACCCUUAACCGCCGCCUGGUCAUAACCUUUAACCCCCAAUAGCCCCUCAUAGCUCAUUUUGUUGGCCAGACUUGUCCAAGUGCUUGGUUAUUAUUUGUAUAUGCUAUUGUGUUUUUUUUUUCAGUGUUCAGUGUGUUAUCAGUUAUAAAGCUAAUUCUAAGUAUGAUUAUUUAUUUAGUAGCGAAGCGAAAACAAAUUAUGCA